AUGAAAGCUGCUCAAAGUGCUGCAAGAGCCAUCAAUCCCGAACGAUUCCCAUUGUAUCUGUACAAAAGUAUACUCAGACUCCAUUAUGGGUUACCUUCACAGGCUCGAUUAAUGGGCGACACAUACGUCAAGGACGAGUUCAGAAGACACAUCAAUGCAAAACCUGAAUUUGUGAAACCAUUUAUUACAGAAUGGACGAAUUACUGUGUUAUGCUCUCUAAACAGUUGUCAAGCGCUGGAAUUCGUAAAGGAAACAUAGGAAAGGAUCUAAAUUCUGAUAAGAUGGAGCAACUCAGCAAUGAACACAUCCAACAACUGGUGGAAUUGCGCGUAGAAGCUGAUCGACAUAUGGGACGAGACGAUUUCUUUCAAAAUUUACAGACUGUGACGGAAGGUCGGGAAAAACCUAUUUGA